AUACAGAUGGUUCCAUUACACGUUAUUACCCACUUCACUGGUAUACGAUUAUUGAUUUAAUUCUUCCUAGUCCCUCAUAUACAGCACACCCCCAUCCCCUCUCUUUUUCUCUCUCAGGGUCCUCUCCUCUUUCUUUGAGUACUGCAGAGGAACGGUUGCAUCUCGGAGGAGAGGAGAGCGGGAGAAAAGAGAAAGAACCCUCAGCGCGCGGGCACUAACUACCGACAUUGCUGUGUCGCGAGGGAAACUAGGGCAUAUCGACUGGAAAAGCACACAGCUGGCUCCCUGCGAUGUUGUAACGAACUGCCCGUUUUCUGUAGUCGACAGAUGAGCUGUGACCAGAUCUAACCACAGUCUGCAUGGUGAUCUCUAUUACUGGAACUCAGCUGCCUUCACCGCUCAACCUUGUGACUGCUCCCAUCCCACUGCCAUAGAGAUCUGCUCUCCCUCACCACAGCAGCAACAGCUAGCGAUCCAACGCUAGCAGCAUUUGAACCACCUCCAAACUUACUGUGGUUUGCUGCAACUGAAUUGCCAUUCAGUAACUUACACUGAUACUUCAGAAGAAAGUAAGCAAGUAGGCUAACGUAAGUUAAGUCUCUGACAGUUAAGUUGUCCUCCACUGCAGUUCUUUGGUAGAAAUUCUUGCCAAUGAGAAUUGGUUCCCAACUGACCUAGCAGGUUAGAUAAAGGACAAAUAAAUACAAAUAGAUAGAUAGAUAACUAAUCAGAGUUAGUAAGAUGGAUGAGUCGUACAACAACAGGAUGUCGCUGGUGAAGGGCGCCAAGGACAUCGCCAAAGAGGCCAAACGCCACGCCGCCAAGAAGGUCAGCAAGAUCGUGAACCGCGCCACGGAAGAGUACUCCUCCCAACGCAACUACAGCCAGUUCCAGAACGAGGACAAAGACAAUGACUACACGUUCUACACACAGCCCGACAGCAAUGGCCACUUUCCCUGCAGCCGCACCGCCAACGACGAAGACGACGAACACUACGCCAGUGACGCCACAGAGGGUCACGAUGAUGAAGAUGAGAUCUACGAGGGGGAGUACCAGGGGGUGCCUGCUUACACUGACAGGAAGCCCAGGGAUGGGCAGGAUUCUCUGGGUCAACCUGUCUCAGACAGCCCGAGGGACCGUAAGGAGCUGGAGCUGGAGAGGCAGGCGGACGAGGAGGAGCUGGCCCAGCAGUAUGAGCUGAUCAUGCAGGAGUGUGGCCACGGCAGGUUCCAGUGGCAGUUGUUCUUCGUUCUGGGCAUGGCGCUGAUGUCAGACGGUGUUGAGGUGUUUGUGGUGGGGUUCGUCCUGCCCAGCGCCGAGACUGACAUGUGUGUUCCCAACUCUGGAGCUGGGUGGCUAGGUAGCAUAGUGUACCUGGGGAUGAUGGUGGGGGCGUUCUUCUGGGGGGGUCUGUCAGACAAGGUGGGCCGUAAACAGUGCCUGCUCAUCGCUAUGUCUGUCAACGGCUUCUUCUCCUUCCUCUCCUCCUUUGUCCAGGGGUACGGCAUGUUCCUCUUCUGCCGCAUAUGGGUAAACAUGACGAGGCAUGGAUGGUGCUGAAACAGAUCCAUGACACCAACAUGAGGGCCCGCGGAGAACCAGAGAAAGUCUUCACCGUGAACAGAAUAAAGCUCCCUAAGCAUCUGGAUGAAUUGGUAGAGAUGCAGUCAGACUCAUCCAACCCUGUUGGCCAAGUCCUCUUCAGGAUCAGGACUGAACUCAGAGGGAUCUGGUUAACGUUCAUGAGCUGUUUCAACUACCCAGUGAAAGACAACACCAUCAAACUGGCCUGUGUGUGGUUCACACUGUCUUUUGGGUACUAUGGCCUAUCUGUGUGGUUCCCUGAUGUCAUCCAUCACCUGCAGUCUGAUGAGUAUGCCUCUAGAGUGAAGACUCACAACAACGAACAUACAGAAGACUUCACCUUUAACUUCACCCUGGAGAACCAGAUACACACCAACGGAGUAUUCGUCAACGACAGGUUCAUCAGUAUGAAGUUGAAGUCCGUCACCUUUAUAGACUCUACGUUUCAGAACUGUUACUUUGACGACGUGUCAACAGUGGGCUCAUUAUUCAAAAACUGCACCUUCGUAGAAGCCUUCUUUUAUAACACAGAUAUUGACGAUUCUAAGCUGGUGGGGUCGAGGGUGAUCAACAGUUCCUUCCACCACAACAAGACGGGCUGUCAGAUGACCUUUGAUGAUGACUACAGUGCCUACUGGGUCUACUUUGUCAACUUCGUGGGGACACUCGCCGUGUUGCCCGGCAACAUAGUCUCCGCCCUUCUCAUGGACAAGAUAGGGCGCCUGAGCAUGCUGGGGGGCUCCAUGGUGCUGUCAGGCAUCAGUUGUUUCUUCCUUUGGUUUGGGACAAGUGAGUCUAUGAUGAUCUUCAUGCUGUGUCUCUAUAACGGCCUCAGUAUAUCAGCCUGGAACUCCCUGGAUGUUGUUACUGCUGAGCUCUACCCGACUGACAGGAGGGGUACAGGUUUUGGAUUCUGUAAUGCCAUGUGUAAGCUGGCAGCGGUGUUGGGGAACCUGAUCUUCGGCUCUCUGGUUGGCAUCACAAAGACCAUCCCCAUCCUGCUGGCGUCGGCUGUACUAGUGGGAGGAGGCCUGGUGGGACUACGACUGCCUGACACACGCGGCCACGUCUUGAUGUAGAACUACACUACCCAGCAGUCUUCACUCAUGUACCCAUUAGGCUUUAGUUGAACACUUUAAGACAGUGGUCUGUAGGACUUAUAGCGUGUUCAAGUAAAGGGCUACAUGUUGAAGUGCAAGUGCUAAAGUGCAAUUAGUCCAACAUUUUAAAUUGUAUUCGGAAUAAAAGAGCCCUUGGCCAUAUUUAUUUUAACCUUAGGUACUCUGUACCUGCGACCAGAGGGGUGGAGCUGGAAUUCGGGGUGGAGUGCGUGGGAAGAGUUGAACCCUAUUUUAUUCACCUUCUGGAGGGCUCUGCCCAGGUAGAGAGAUGCUGUUUCUGCCCCAAGACCGGACUAUCUUGCCUAACCUAUUUUUCAACCUUGUCAUUCCCAAACCAGCUGUUUGUUUUAGGAUUAUUUCUUGUUGAAUAUCCAGGCAUUUCGUUUGGGAAGUUGAUCAAAAUUCAGCUCUGUUUAAGCAGAAAGCAGGAGGGUUUUAACUUGAUGAGAUAUGAAAAAGCCAUUCUAAACCUAGCCUAAGUUGAAUCAAAGGUACCUAUUGCUGCUGUCCUCAGUGCCACGGGUCUGACAUGAAUACAAGUUAGGUGAUAAGAUACGUUCUUUAGUCAGCCUGGGUACCAUAGUUACUAUACGUUACAACAUAAUCAUUCUCUAAGGGCAGAAUCCUAACUAGAGAAGCGUCCAUUUAGGUUUCAGGCUUAAGCUCUUGUGAGCACUUGACUCUGUUGGCAUGUUAAGGGACAUUUAACCUAUUUCACUGAAAGCUAAAUGUAUAGUUUGGAGUGAACUAUGCCUUUAACAUAUUCAUGACUUUGCAGUAUCAUAAUGGCAUCAUUGCAGUACGUGCUUUUGCAUUUGACCAGGUAUGGAUCAUUUGUGUAAAUGUACAGUGUGUGUGUGUGUGUAUGUAUGAUAUUGUGUGUGCGUGUAUAAUAUAUUGUAUAUAUUCAAACGUUGUUCAUUUCCCAACCAUGGGUUGGGGUCGAUGCUAAUGAGUUGACUUGACUCACUGAAGUGUCUUGACUGGUUUCAAAUCAAAUCAAACUUUAUUUGGCACAUGCGGCGAAUACAAGUGUAGACCUUACCGUGAAAUGCUUACUUACAAGCCCCUAACCAACAGUGCAGUUCAAGAAGAGUUCAUGGUUAAUGGUGUGUUAAUGAGUUUGUCUUUCAGCUUGUCCAACUGCAUCACUUGCAGCCAUCCAUCCCUCAUCACGUCACACUCUGUAUGAAACAAACUCUUUAACUACACUUCUGUUAAAAUAGGAAACUUUGCAUGUGUGUUUACUAAAGUCUUUCUGUUGUGUGUUCUGCUUUUGUGUCUCUGCUACAGGGAUGUAGUUGUAGAAAAACAUGAAGGUGGCUAAACGCUGUAGCUGGUUGAGAUAACAGAGAGAGUAACAUAAACACUACAGGUAACAAUGCUAAGUUGGUGUAACAGCCAGGUGUGUUAACACGUUUCAUUUAAUAAACCAGUGGUGUAGUCCUUGUUUAGGUGUGCUUCUGCUCCACUACAUCCCUGCUGCAGCCAUUUUAAUCUGGAUCAAAGGUGACUGUGUCAUUCUGGUGAGUUCCUUGUUCUGUGGGCAGGUGUCCAUCCGUUCUUCUGGGUAAUUUUGACGGGGCAUGCAGUGGUGAAAUGACUGUUCUGUACGGAGCUUACAGACAUGCUAUAGACCAGGACUAUUCAACUCCAGCCCCUCCAGGUCCCUCCACAGUACUGCUGGUUUCCUCUUCUCCCCUUCUGUCCCUCUUCUCACUGAUCAAUAUAUCAAAGUAUAGUGCUUUUUACAAAAACAUUUUUCACAAAGUGCUUAACCGUAACCUGGUCUAGACACAGAAAUAACAUGCAUGUCAUUGAUUGGCCAGAUAAUCCACUGACCAGGUCUGAAUCAGUCCCUGAUUAGAGGGGAAGGAUGAAAACCAGCAGUUCUGUAGUUAGUAAAUCUUGAGGCCCAGGUUUGAAUAGCCCUGCUGUAGACAAUACAUGGAGGUGUGUGUUAAACCAUUUGUCAAAUACCUGUCCUUGGUCUGAUUUACUUUGACUAGGGAAGGUUAACAGGUGCAAUGUAAACUAUGUCAUGACUGUCUUGAUCAGGUCAGGUUACAGGAGACCACAACCCUACAGAUUAUCUCUCAACCCCAACAGAGGAGGGGAGAGCUAGGGGUCUGAAAAUGUGGAGGGUUUUAUGGCCCCUCACGGCCCUGGUAAAUCUCAGGCCAUAGACAAAUUCCUAUGUCCGAUUACUAUUGAGAACCAGCCUCAGAACAUUAAACAUGAACUAAAGGGACUUUGGAACAAUGGUUUUCGUCAGCCACAAUGGUGGUCAUGACAAAAGAUGGAAUAUGAAAAUGUAUGUCAUUUAUGUU